CAUUUCUUUGGACAGUCUUCUUUGCAUGUUGUUUAUCGCCGUCUGGCGUACUGGAGGGGAACAGAUGACCACAGCGAGGGUAUCUUGUAAGAACUUCUUAUGGUUCACCACAAGAUGGCAGUAUGCGUGAUAUAAAUAUUGUUAAUACGAGGAGCCAGAAGACCAUAUAGUUGACUUAAAAGGUGGAAGACAAUCAUCCCAUCGUUGAGAAACAAACUCGCUCUGCUUUACAUCGAGGAGGAAGAGGACCGGAGCGCAUCGGCCGCGCACACUCUGCUUUAAAAUCCAGUCUAAUUACAGUCUGUUUGACAAUAGCCGGCUCGGACUGUGGGGGCUGUGGAGGAGGUGGACCGGUGCGAUGAUGACGGGCAAAUCUGUGAAAGACGUUGACAGAUACCAGACUGUCCUCAACUCUUUAUUGGCGCUGGAAGAGAAUAAAUUCUGUGCUGACUGCGAGUCUAAAGGUCCAAGAUGGGCAUCCUGGAAUUUGGGCAUCUUCAUCUGUAUUCGCUGUGCUGGUAUCCAUCGAAAUUUGGGGGUCCACAUCUCCAAAGUCAAGUCUGUGAACCUGGACCAGUGGACACAGGAGCAAGUCCAGAGUGUUCAGGAGAUGGGAAAUGCCAAAGCCAAACGCCUGUAUGAGGCUUUCUUACCUGAAUGCUUCCAGCGACCCGAGACGGACCAGUCUGCAGAGAUGUUCAUCAGGGACAAGUAUGAUAAGAAGAAGUACAUCGAUAAGGUCAUUGACAUUCAGAUGCUCAGGAAAGAAAAGAGCUGUGACAAUAUACCCAAGGAGCCAGUUGUGUUUGAAAAGAUGAAAUUGAAAAAAGACAUCAGCCCAAAGAUAGAUUCCCAGGGUGUUACGGACCUGCUUGGAUUAGAUGCCCCUGCUCCUAAUCCAGCAGUGUCUAAUGGUGGAGGAUGUGUUCCAGACAGUAAUGAGAGCCCAGCGGUGUCUAAUCCAGCUCUGGCACACGCUGCACUGGAUCUCUUCAGCUCCCUGCCAGCUCCCUCCUCUGCUUCCUCCACUAAAACCAUGCCUGUUUCCCACUCCAUGCCUCAAAACAGAGUGACAGCUUCUGUGCCUGAAAACCUCAGUCUGUUCCUGGAUCCUGCACCGAAAGCAGAGGAAGGCACUGUCAAGAAGCUGUCCAAAGAUUCUAUUCUCUCCCUUUACGCCUCCACACCCUCAAUACAUGCCAGCAGUAUGGCUGCUCACAGCUUGUAUAUGAACCAAAUGGGAUAUCCAACACACCCAUACGGAUCAUACCAUUCUCUAGCCCAAGCAGGUGGAAUGGGAGGUGCCAUGAUGACAUCACACAUGGCCAUGAUGGGGCAGCAACAGAGUGGCAUGAUGGGAGUUCAACAGAACAGCAUGAUGGGACAGCAGAAUGGCUUGAUGGGUGCUCAGGGUGUUAUGGCUCAGCCUGGUGGUGUUAUGGCUUCACCCUACAUGGCAGGGAUGAGCCAGGGGAUGAUGGGACAGCAACAGCAGCAGAAUGGGAUUAUGGGUCAGCAGCAGACCGGGAUGAUGACACAGCAGCAGGUAGGAGGUGUGGCCACGUUACCUCAUCAGCAGGGGUAUGGAGGACAACAAGCCCAGCAGUUACAGUGGAACCUUGCACAGGUGACUCAGCAUGUGGCCAGCAUAAAUCUAUACAACACCAACGGUGUGAUGGGAUAUAGCAAUCAACACACAGGAGGCUCAACAGCUCCAAGCUCAGCACACAUGACAGCACAUGUUUGGAAAUGAUCUCAUCCAUCCAAGAAGUGAUGUAACACCAGUUAUCCACAAAAGAUAGGAAAACUGAGCUUCAGGAAUCUGUGGAUUAGACUCGCCGAGAGACGUUUUCUUAAUCAAGGGAGGAAGAGGAGGAUGAGGAGACUGGUGUGAGGAAAAAUAAGGUUUGGGAAACUAUUACUACCUCUCUUUCUCUCUCCUCUCUGCCCAUGCUUCCUCUUCCUAUCUUAUCCAUGGCCAUGUUUUGCAUAUCUCCAUGCUUGCCUUCAGAACAUUUUCUUAAAAUGACCAAGACAACAGGGUUCAGAGGUUCACUGGUAAGGAGUACACAUCCUUUAAUGUACCUUUAGCCUGUAUGUGUGAUCGCAUUUAGCUGUUUAAGAGUGUAACUAACUGCUUGACUUUAAAGACAAGUUUGUUUUUCAGAGAGUUUUAUAGUUUUUCUUACUUGCUAAGAAUCAGAAACAGGAAAGCGCAGGGGCUAGCCUAGCUCAACUUACUUGGUUGUUUAGAACAAGGGACAUUCAGUUUGAAAAAUGGGCAAAAAAAAACCUUGUUUAAAGGCUUAUGUUUGUUUAUUUCUUCAGUAGUUUGACAUUUUUCUCUCUUUUUUGUGUCAAGGGUGUGAUGAGAAGGUUGAUACCACUGUUAGGCUAAACAUGAAGCUAAUGCUACUAGUGCAAUAGCUUAGCGAAGCAUUAAAACUUGCCAAGCUGUGUCCAAAAUUAAUAAAUAUCCACCUUUCUGCUACUCCAAAGCACACUGAACAUUGUCUUUAUUGUUUUAAUCUAACAAAAAUUUGUUUUAAGUAUCAAAAUGACAUAGUGUUUCUGAGUUGAGACCGUGAAGCUGCCAGACUGGAAACUAAAGGAGAGAAAACGUUUUCAAACAGAGUUUUGGUGUGCUAGUGGGCUGAUUUUGUGGACUCCGGACUGAGCUGACUUGCUGUUCCCUAUUUACAUUCUUUGCGCUAAGCUGCUAGCAUUAGCUUUAUAUUAACACAUGAAAUUGGUAUGAAAUUCUCAUCUAGCCCGAAUCUUGGCACAUGGAUGUCUAGUGACUAAGCAUUCAGCUAAUGUCAAACCAUAAAGGUUAGUUUUAAUAUAUAUAUAUAUAUCCCUUUCUAAAUACUUGUGUUAUCCAAUAAUAUUAGUCAUUAAGAAAUCCCUCUUUGUGUUGAUAAGUUCUUAGAUUUUCAGUCUCACAGGUUAAAGCAGCUACAAAAUAUACCUAAACAGCUCUUACUUAUGAUGUCUUCUACUUAAUUCACAGAGGGCCUCUUGUUAAAUCAAUAUCUAAUCUAACUUUAAGUGUCAAACAUCCUAAUCUGGAUUUUGGGAGACCAAAGAUCAAUGCUAGCUUUAUUAUGGUUGUACAGUACUCCAAUGCUUUGCUACUCCUGUAUAACCACUUAACUAGUGACAAGUAGUAAAUUCAAAUCCACAGUCCUUUAAAACAAGACUAUUACACAACGAAUGUUAAGGCAUAUCAAUUCACUGUGCUAUUUCCUCAGCAAGAAUGAGACACUCAAAAAUCACUUGCAUGAAGUGUCAACAUGUAAACAUGAAUUAAGGUUCACACACACCUCGAGUUAAUCUACCUUGUACAAUAGAGGCCUCAAAUAACGUUGAAUGUCUGUAAAUAAGAGAGAAUUUGAGGAGAAGUGGAUGAGAUAGAGGAAAAUUUGAGGUACAGGUCAGACAUGUUUCAGAUUCUUCCACUGAAUUGCAUGAAGCGAAUGUGUUUUUGUAUGUACUGUAUCUUCAUUAAGAUAUCUGAAUGUUUCUCUCUACAUGAAAAACAGUCUCUGACCAAGACCGACAAAAAAUCUAGAUGAAUGUGUCCUGAAUGUGUUCACAACUGUGCACUGGACUUGUUUUGAAUGCACACACACGAGUUUUGCUUGGGUGUGUUUGUUUUUGAUAUUCUCUGACUCUGUUAAGAAAUGUACACUUGUGUCAUUUGAAUGUUCAGUGGUCAAGAGCGUACUGUGCGCCUUUGGUGAUUUGUUUGAUUUAUUUUCAGCGUAACUGUCGAGUGAGGGGAAACUGUGACCAGGUUUACAAUUUGGCCAAACCACAUUGUGAUUGUACGACCAAAAUCUGUCACCUCUUAAUGUUGAUUUAAUCUUCUGCUCUUCUCAAACACAAGCCAUCAUUGUUUCUACAUAAAUGCAUCCAUUUUCAGACAGUGCAUGAAGCCCUUAGUGUAAAUAAUCCCAGCCUUUGAAUAAAUGUAUACCCAGGUAAUUUGGUAUCACUUAUGAAUGUGAGGGUGAGACUGUAGAAGAGAAAUGAGGGGAAUAUACUCCAGCAUAAUAAGAUUCUCAUAAACUGAUGCAAACAUAAUAGCAGUAAAGCCUUCAAAACCCAGAAAGUUGUUGAUUUCUUCCAGGUUUUUUUCUUUCAAUUUGAGCUUAUUCUGUGUCAUUCGAGGCAACAGUGUGACAGCAGCAGUCACCGUCUCUGCUGGGAGCAAUAUCACUACAAGACAAUGUGUCAUCUCUGCACUGUAACAGCAGAUCUGUCAGCUAGAGAUGAGAAGUUUCUUCAAAAGCAGAACAGUCCAUCUCUGUGGGCGGUAAGGCUUCGACUAAGCUCUCUCCUUUAUCAUACUUUAUGAUGAGAUUUGCUUGUUCCUUUUUUUUGUCCGUAUAUUUUCUGUGAAAUAAGAGCAAAUGAAGGAAUGUAACUUUUUACGUACUUGUCAAUCAAGAUAACAUGUACUUUAUUCUUUAUCAGAAUAUCACUGUAUAUUAUGUUUCUUAAACAAGGUUGAUGAGCAUUUACAGUCCUGUAUAUUAGUUUUUUCACAUGCUUUGCCCUGUUUGAUUUCAUGUUCAUACCGAUUAGUCAUUUAAAUUUUAAAACAUGUCUAACAUACGAUACAUGUCUGUGAAUAUAUACAAAAUAAAUAUUGUUUUGAUUAAAUUA